AUGUCGUUUUCAUCAUCAAAUUCGAUUUACUACAAUCCCUGUACAGUUGGUUUUUCUUUCUGCAGAAGAAAUUCUACCUACCAAAACAGUUCGGUGAUACAUUCCAGAUGUCGCUUGGUCAAUCGAGCUCUACUACAUAUGGCUGAGCUUCUGCUUUUGAGUCGGUCUUUCGGCGAAGCAGUAGACGACACAGUUCUAUCCCAUCAUGCAAACUAUGUGUGCAGUGUAGCUUACAAUCAAAUAGUUGCGGGUACAUGUGGAACGAUUCUGGUCAAGAGCAUCCGAGAUCAAACAAAUCUGACACAGUCUGCUCAGUUCUUGGCCAAUCAGCGCAGAAUAACCAUUGGUAUCAUUCAUUAUAUGAUCCUGGAAAUAUUCGGAGUUGGUCUUCCAAUCACCUGUGUCAUAUUCUGUACUUGCUUCAGCGUAGGAAAUAUUUUAGUGUCUCAUUACUCAGUCAUCAGCGUGUCAACUUAUCCCAUAUUUAGUCCUUACUACGUGUUGAUGACCAACACGGAUUACAGGAAAAAGAUAGAAGCCAUGAUGAAACGAGCAUGGAAGACACUGAAUUUCCAUAAUGCUCACGUUGUAGUCAUAACCAUCUAG